CAUUUGGUUGGAUGGUUAUCGCACAGGUUUCGCAAGUCGACUUGCGUGUGGGGGCAUCAAGCCCGAGGUGAGACCUGCGCUGCGACGGGAAGACAGUUUUGCGAGUUACCCACACAGUACGACAAAGCAGGAGGCAGUUUCGGGAACAGUGAGCAGUGACGGCAUCGUGUGCAAACAACAAUCAGCGGAAGACAAGACGAGACGUCAAAUCCAAUCCAAACCGUCCCGCGGCAGCUAAGGGGAGGUUGCGUCCGAGUCAGGGAGACGUAGAAAAAACUGCGAGCGAUUGC